GGAACGGGAGGGCUGUGGAAAUGAACCUUCCCGCCUCACCACCCCUCCCUGUGUGCGCAGAGCUUGACCCAGAUGGAGAGGGAGAAGAUCAUUUGGGAGUUUGAGCAGUUGUAUCACUCCUUGAAGGAGCAGGAGUACCGCCUGUUGACCUGCCUGGAGGAGCUGGACUUGGCCAUCUAUAACAGCAUCAAUGGUGCCAUCACCCAGUUCUCCUGCAGCAUCUCUCAGCUCAGCAGCCUGAUUGCACAGCUGGAGGAGAAGCAGCAGCAGCCAACCCAGGAGCUCUUGCAGGACGCUGGGGACACAUUGAGCAGGUACCGUCUCUCUCCUCAGUGCUAAGUCCGCAGGGGAGACUGUCUCCUUCCUGCUUAGAACCCCUGGAAGGAACCCGAAGCUGGAGGUGGCGGUUACCAGGGUCCCCUGCUCUGCCUGUCCCUGAACGGGGACUCAUGCACAAAGAAAUGGACGUGACUCUGGACUCGGACACGGCCUACCCCAGCCUGGUCCUCUCGGACAACCUGCAGCAGGUGCGGCUCAGCUGCCUCCAGCAGGACCUGCCUGACAGCCCUGAGCGCUUCAGCCUGUGCCCCUGCGUCCUGGGCUCUCCGUGCUUCGUGGCGGGGAGACAUUCCUGGGAGGUGGAGGUGGGAGAGAAGGCCAAGUGGACCAUCGGUGUCUGUGAAGACUUAGUGUGCAGGAAAGGCGGGGUGACCUCUGCCCCCCAGAAUGGAUUCUGGGCAGUGUCCUUGUGGUAUGGGAAGGAGUACUGGGCUCUCACCUCCCCGAUGACUGCCCUUCCCCUGCGGACCCCUCUGCAGCGGGUGGGGGUUUCUUGGACUACGAGGCUGGCGAGGUCUCCUUCUACAACGCGACAGAGAGGUGUCACACCUUCACUUUCUCUCACGCUGCCUUCUGUGGGCCUGUCCGGCCCUACUUCAGUCUGAGUUACUCAGGAGGCAAGAGCACAGCUCCUCUGAUCAUCUGCCCCCGGAGUGGGAUCCCUGGGUUCUCUGGCCACUUAGGGAGUCAUGGGCAUUCCCUGGAGGCCUCCCCGUGAGGAGGGGCACAGGCCAGAGGGCUGUUGGCCAUGCCCCUCCCCAGGCAUAAGGGAUCUCGUUGCCUUGCCGCUUCCUGUCCUUCUCACCCAGCGGACAUCCACACCACUGCUCAGCCCUGCAGUGGGCGACAGGAGGUCCAUGUUCUCUCCCUUCCCAGAUGCAAUGAGAAGCAUCAAGAUUGUCCAGAAAUAAAAGCCAGCUG